AUGACUGCAGAAAACUGUGAGGAGUCUAUGCGAGAAACUGCAUUACGGCUUGCUGUAGAAGAAGAAAAUAGACGCAAGACUGAUCCAAAUGAAACUCACGAACGAUCCAUUAUUAUCCUUGGCAGCAAGGGAGUUGGUAAAACAACAAUGGUGUAUCGAUUUCUUGAAAAAGACGAAAGACCAAAACCAACUAUAGCAAUGGAUUAUUCGUUUGGUCGCAAAACUGUGAAAAGUUUAGUGAAAAAUAUUGUGCACGUGUGGGAAGUGGGUUACUUAGCUUCUUCUUUGGUAUCUGUUGCGAUGACAGGAUCUACAUUGACACAUUCCCCUCAUCACACCGUGUUAUUAAUAAUGUUAGAUUUAUCGCGACCAGAAGAAUUAUGGUCUUCCUUCGAGGAGGCCCUUUCCGUAAUACGAAAUGGUUUGAAAAUGAGUUACGACACUAACAUGAUUCAAGAAUUACGGGAUAAGGGGGAAGCAGAUAGAAAAAAAGAAUUGGAACGUGGAGUUGAUCCAUUUUUAAUGAAAAUGUGUAUUAUAGGUGGACGAUAUGAUGAGUUUAAGGAAUUUGAUUCGAGUAAGAAAGAAUUUAUUGGCAAGAUAUUGAGAGCUAUAGCUCAUAAUCUAGGUGCAAGCCUUUAUUACUAUUCCUCUAAAGAUAAAUUUCUCGUACGACGACUGAAAGAUUUAUUAUCUCAUUAUGGAUUUGGUUCUCCAUUUAUGGAGGAUAAGUGUACGGAUUAUGAAAAACCGUUAAUGAUGCCGGCUGGCAUGGAUUCUUUCGGACGAAUCGAUUUGCAAUUCCCUCAAACGAGACCGUCGGCAAUUUUAGAUACUAUCAAACAGAUCUACGUCUCACGUAUACCGCAAGUGUCGAGGAGUGACGAAAGUACUUUGGAGGAUCCCAGUAAUGACCCUAACUUUAACGAGCCUAUUAUCGAUAGAUUGAGAAUGCAGCGAGAAGAGGAGAUCGGUAUACUGCUGAAUGAUAUGAUGGAAGGCCGUAUGCCGAAAAUUCCCGUGCCCGAUCCAAUUUAGAGAAUAUGAAUAUUCUAUGUACCCAUUAUGAU